UGGAGCUGCUGGCUGUGUCUGAACACAGAGCUUGCAGCCUGUGUGAGUGCAAGGGGGGAGCCAGCAGGGAGGGAGCAAGGCAGGCAGGAGAGAGGAGAGAGAGAGAGAGAGAGAGAGAGAGAGAGAGAGAGAGAGAGAAAGAAGGAGAAGGGGAGAGGGGGCGAGCAGAGCACUCAGCUAGCAUGAGGAAGGCUUCUUCCUUCCCUGCUCAGUUAAUCUGGCUGUCAGUUGGUGUUAACGCUGCAGUUUAAGUGCUGGAUUCCCAGAGAAACAGACCAACCGUGGAAGGAAAGAAGGAAGGAAGAAAGGAAUCCAGGCAGGAAGAAGCAGCUGCAGAAGGAGAGUACAGGCAUCACAGAGAGGAAUAACGGGAAGGGGGGAACACCAAAUCUAUGAUUGGAUCUGAGCUUCUUUUUCGCCAAUGCAAAAAGGAAUAUGCAGCACAUUUUCGCCUUCUUCUGCACCGGUUUCCUAGGCGCGGUAGUAGGUGCCAAUUUCCCCAACAAUAUCCAGAUCGGGGGAUUAUUUCCAAACCAGCAGUCCCAGGAACAUGCUGCUUUUAGAUUUGCUUUAUCGCAACUCACAGAACCCCCCAAGCUGCUUCCCCAGAUUGAUAUUGUGAACAUCAGCGACAGCUUUGAGAUGACCUAUAGAUUUUGUUCCCAGUUCUCCAAGGGAGUCUAUGCCAUCUUUGGAUUUUAUGAAAGAAGAACUGUCAACAUGCUGACUUCUUUCUGUGGGGCUCUCCAUGUCUGCUUCAUCACACCAAGUUUCCCUGUUGACACAUCUAAUCAGUUUGUCCUUCAGCUACGCCCUGAGCUGCAGGAUGCCCUCAUCAGCAUCAUCGACCACUAUAAAUGGCAGAAAUUUGUCUACAUUUAUGAUGCCGACCGGGGUUUGUCUGUCCUGCAGAAAGUUCUGGACACAGCUGCUGAGAAGAACUGGCAGGUGACAGCCGUCAAUAUUUUGACAACCACAGAGGAGGGGUACCGGAUGCUCUUUCAAGACCUGGAGAAGAAAAAGGAGCGGUUGGUCGUGGUAGACUGCGAAUCUGAGCGCCUCAAUGCUAUCUUGGGCCAGGUAAUUGUAAAGCUGGAGAAGAAUGGUAUCGGCUACCACUACAUCCUUGCAAAUCUGGGCUUCAUGGACAUUGACUUAAAUAAAUUCAAGGAGAGUGGUGCAAAUGUGACAGGAUUCCAGCUGGUGAACUACACAGACACCAUUCCAGCUAAGAUCAUGCAGCAAUGGAAGAAUAGCGAUGCUCGUGACCACACCAGAAUUGACUGGAAGAGACCGAAGUACACCUCUGCACUCACCUAUGAUGGGGUGAAGGUGAUGGCUGAGGCUUUCCAGAGUCUGCGGAGGCAGAGGAUUGACAUAUCACGGCGGGGGAAUGCUGGGGACUGCCUGGCCAAUCCUGCGGUGCCCUGGGGCCAGGGGAUCGACAUCCAGAGAGCUCUUCAGCAGGUGCGCUUUGAGGGUUUGACAGGAAAUGUGCAGUUUAAUGAGAAAGGACGUCGUACCAAUUACACUCUCCAUGUAAUUGAAAUGAAACACGAUGGUAUCCGAAAGAUAGGCUACUGGAAUGAAGAUGAUAAGUUUGUUCCUGCAGCCACUGAUGCUCAAGCUGGUGGGGAUAAUUCAAGUGUUCAGAAUAGAACAUACAUCGUCACAACUAUCCUAGAAGAUCCUUACGUGAUGCUCAAGAAGAAUGCCAACCAGUUUGAAGGAAAUGACCGCUAUGAAGGUUACUGUGUAGAGUUGGCAGCAGAGAUUGCCAAGCAUGUGGGUUAUUCCUACCGACUUGAGAUUGUCAGUGAUGGAAAAUAUGGAGCACGAGAUCCUGACACAAAGGCCUGGAACGGCAUGGUGGGAGAGCUGGUCUAUGGAAGAGCAGAUGUGGCUGUGGCUCCAUUAACCAUCACCUUGGUCCGGGAAGAGGUGAUAGACUUCUCCAAACCUUUUAUGAGUCUAGGGAUCUCCAUAAUGAUAAAAAAGCCACAGAAGUCUAAGCCUGGGGUUUUCUCCUUCCUGGACCCACUGGCAUAUGAAAUCUGGAUGUGCAUCGUCUUUGCCUACAUUGGUGUGAGCGUAGUUCUCUUCCUCGUCAGCCGUUUCAGCCCUUAUGAAUGGCACAGUGAGGAGUUCGAGGAAGGGCGUGACCAGACAGCCAGCGACCAGUCCAAUGAAUUCGGGAUAUUCAACAGCUUGUGGUUCUCUCUGGGAGCCUUCAUGCAGCAGGGAUGUGACAUUUCUCCCAGGUCCCUGUCUGGCCGAAUCGUUGGUGGUGUCUGGUGGUUCUUCACCUUGAUCAUCAUCUCCUCAUACACAGCCAACCUGGCUGCCUUCCUGACUGUAGAGAGAAUGGUGUCCCCCAUCGAGAGUGCUGAGGACCUUGCAAAGCAGACAGAAAUCGCUUAUGGGACACUGGAAGCUGGAUCCACAAAGGAAUUCUUCCGGAGAUCUAAGAUUGCUGUGUUUGAGAAGAUGUGGACAUACAUGAAGUCAGCAGAACCAUCUGUUUUUGUGAGGACCACAGAGGAGGGCAUGAUUCGAGUGAGGAAGUCCAAAGGCAAAUAUGCCUACCUUCUGGAAUCUACCAUGAAUGAGUAUAUUGAGCAGCGGAAACCCUGUGAUACCAUGAAGGUGGGAGGUAACUUGGAUUCCAAAGGCUAUGGCAUUGCGACGCCCAAGGGUUCCGCCCUGAGAAAUCCAGUAAACCUGGCAGUGUUAAAACUGAACGAGCAGGGGCUAUUGGACAAAUUGAAAAACAAAUGGUGGUACGACAAGGGCGAGUGCGGCAGCGGGGGAGGUGACUCCAAGGACAAGACAAGUGCUCUGAGCCUCAGUAAUGUGGCUGGUGUGUUCUACAUCCUGAUCGGAGGACUUGGACUAGCCAUGUUGGUUGCCUUAAUCGAGUUCUGCUACAAAUCCCGUAGUGAAUCCAAGCGAAUGAAGGGUUUCUGUUUGAUCCCACAGCAAUCCAUCAAUGAAGCCAUAAGGACAUCGACACUCCCCCGAAACAGCGGGGCAGGAGCCAGCAGUGGUGGGAGUGGAGAGAAUGGUCGGGUGGUCAGCCAUGAGUUUCCCAAGUCCAUGCAAUCAAUUCCCUGCAUGAGCCACAGUUCAGGAAUGCCCUUGGGAGCCACAGGAUUAUAACUGAAGCUGAGGAAGACCCCUUGGGGAGCAGACCCAGGCUCCCCCAACCCCACCCCAAACCCUUCAGUGCCAAAAAGAAAAGAAAAAAUAAAUAAAAUGAACACAACCACCAUCAACCACCAUGACCACCCACGAGGAGAAUGAUUCAAAAGAUUUUUUUCUGAAGAACUGAAAAUCCAUUGUGCUGGUCCUUUCCCUUUUUUGAUUUUCCUUCCCCUUUUUCUGUUUGCUAAGUGAAGAUGAUAAAUAACACUAGACCGCAAUAAGGAGAAACUCAUCCUAACAGAGCCCAUGUCUCUGAGAACAAAGUCAAUGGAACACUAAUGGGAAAUCUGUAACUGUUUUUUUUUUUCUUUUAAUUCAGUUGUUAAUGUGAGUUAGAGUGAACAGUAUUUUUUCUUACUAAUAGCUAUGAUUUGCAGGUUUUGUUAGGUCCCUUCUUUCUCUUUACUUCCUAAACUAACAUUCCUUCCUUCCAUUAACAGUUUUCAGAUUAGAGAUUCAAGAUUCGUUCUCUUUUGCAAAGCAAAAUGAAAACAUCAACUUUCACACUAAUUCACUAUGGGAGCUCUCCAAGCUGUCCCCACUUCUUGUUUUCUGGCCACAGAUGGAGACAGGUGAUGCUGGAGGAGGGAGCUGCCUUCUCUAGGCAGGGCCCUGCCUGGGCACUGACUUAGAUGAAAAUUUCAACCCAAUUAAGGAUGGUAGAGAGAUAAAACAUUUAUUUCAAGGAGAAUAUACACUGCUGGAGGCUCCAACAAAGCUUUGUUUGGUGUGAAAGCCUUGAGUGGAAUAGUAUGUUUCUUCAGAGAGCCAACUGCAGCCCUGAGAAGCAUGUCCUAUGUCAAACUCAAGUUCAAAGGCAGUCUGAUGGCUAAAGGGCAACUGGUUCCUGAACCCAACAGAAGUUUGGGAACAGCAGAUAGCCAGGGCACUGUUGUCCACAAUUGUGACUUUUGAUCACACUCGUCAUCUGAGCAGGAAUCCCACAGUGGAACAGACUUUCUCUUCUGAACCUCUGAUGAAUGGAAGAAUGCUAAGCAAACUAAAUACUAAAGAAACAAUGAUAGGAGAGCUUCAGAAGUAGAAGCUUCACUGCAAGCAACAGAACUGUUCACAGUGUGCCUACCCUGGAAUACAGAAACCAGAGCCAAUUGACCAGACAUGAAGUUUAGGAUUUAGAAGACCCAGAGAAAUGUGUGGGCUUUUAUAUUAAUUUAAAAGUGUUCUUUUGGCAUGUGACCAGAUAACUCUGUGACAUGUUUGGAAAGUAAAAUGCCUAUGGCUGAAUUAUUUGAUGGAGAACAAAGGAAAGUAUUAGGUUAAGAAUACCAGGGGAUCAAAAAAAAAAAAAAGAGUAUCAGGGGACCUUACUAUCCCUGUCCCCAACUUCUAACCCAAGAAGGGUGGCUUUUUUCCUGGCUAAGACAGAAAUGAGGACAUUGGCCAAUAAGCUUAGAGUUGCUGCUACAAAGCUGGGAUCAAGCACAAUUGGGAAAAUGAUGUGGGUUACUGAAAAAAAGGGGAGGAGGGACUGGCUAUAGCUUUGGUUGGAAAGGAGCUUCCUGAGACAUGGCUUUCUUGGCAAUCUAAACUCUCUUUCUAAGUGCCAUCAGAUUCCAGCUCACAGCAGUCAGUUUUUUGGGUGCAUGACUCAGUGUGUACCAUAUGUCAUUAGCUUUUACUGAUAACCAUAUUCUGGCUUGUCCCCCACCUCCUUUUUCCAUCCUGUCCUCUAUGUUAAAGGUUAUUAUUUAACAACUGACAAACAAAAAGUUUAAUAGCCUACCUCUAAAUAGGUAUGGCAUGACUGGCUUCAUCUGAAUUCUCAGUGUUUACUCACCACUUCCAUCUGUCCUAUUCUCCUUUCAUCAGCCAUAGCAAAGAACCAUCCCCAAAUCAAACUCUCCACCCUUUCAACUCAACUGUGGUGAUUCAGUUUCUCAUGUGUCAGUGUGGGAGUGGUAUGUGAAGCAGGGUGCUCAAAUGAAUGAUAUCUUGUCAACUACUGCCAGCUAAAGUCCUCCUUAACCCCUACCCUCACACCAAAGUUUCUCAAUCCUUAGCCUUUCACUGUAGAUUGAAUAUGAUAGAACAUACGGAAGUCUGCAUUUUGGAGGUGUUGGAGUAACCCUCUGCCAUCCACAUACUUCAAAGACCUUUAACUUAUGGCCUUGGAAGAUGCCUCUCCAGCCACUGACGUUGCCAGCAACAUGGUCUGAUAAGAGAUACUGUCUCUGCCAGAAAUAAUGGUCAGUGUCAUAUGUGGGUCCAAGACUCCAGCAAAAGAUUCUCUUCAUUGAUGGGGGAAGGGGAACAGAGAAAACAAAAUCAAGAAAAAAGUUAACUUGUAUUAUGUAUUUUUACUACACUUUUCUUAAAAAUAGAGAAAUGGGAAAACUCUGAAAGAGAUUGACAUUUUUCUCAACAGGAAUCCAUAAUUAACAGUUGUGGCUUUCAUUAAAUUUUGUUCUUUGGUACCUUGGCCUUUUAUUUAAUAUCUAUAUUUGUUUUAACUCUCUUGGCAUAUGUGUGAGAGGAUGUUUGCUUGAUCGAACACUAAAUAUUUUUUAGUUCCUGUUUUUAAUUCAAAUAGCCAGAUUUUUUUUCUUUUCGUAUUUGCAUAAAUGAAAAUAUCAUCAAGAAUUAAAUCACUGUGGAUCCAUUA